UCAUUUUUUAAUAGUUUGUUGCGGAGUUGCAUUGUGAAUGUGGUGACAAAAUUGGAAACAUGAUUGGAAGUGUCCUCUUGGUGGCUCUUGUGGGGCUUUUCACCUAUCUCGUCUACUACCGGAUAAAAAAUAAUCAACUAUAUGUGUUAGCGGAACGCUUUGAAGGUCCUCCCGCCUUGCCUUUAAUUGGAAACUUGCAUUUAUUACUCGGGAAACGCAGUGAAGAUAUGUUCAUGCUGAUACAACAGAUUUGCAACGAGUAUAAAACUCCCGUACGUAUCUGGGUUGGUCCAAUGUUACUGCUAUAUGUGACGAAGCCCGCAGAUAUUCAGCGAAUCUUGAUGUCAAAUGAUUGCUUAGACAAAAUGUACAUUUACAAGCUGUUCGGAUGGGAGAGUGGCGUCUUGUCAACGCAUGCAAACGUGUGGAAAAAUCACAGAAAAUUAUUAAAUCCUUGUUUUGCGCCAUCGAUCCUCACCAGCUUUCUUCACAUCUUUCGUAACAAAUCGCGUGUGUUGGUCGAGUGUUUGAAGAAAAAAGUGUCCAGUAAAGAGGAAAUUGAUAUUUUUCCCUUUCUGUCGGCUUGCACACUCGAUACCAUUUGCGCUACAAUACUGGACUUUGAUGUUGACUCGCAAAAUAGCAAGCAAAACGUGAAGUUCGUCGAGGCACUUGAGGAGUUAUUUCCGAUUAUCAAUACCCGUAUAUUCAGUGUCUUAUUACAUCCGUUCUGCAUCUACAAAAAUACAAACUUGUACCGACGAGAGAAGAAAUUGCGAGAAAUUAUAUCGCAAACAACUGAUAAGAUAAUCAAGGCAAAAAUACAAAGUAUUGAGAACGAGAGAAGACGAAAAACUUUUGCAAGACAAACAACGCCAGUUGUUGACCAUCUUCUUCUCCAUCCAAAUGUCGAGUGCUCUGGAAUAAAGUGUGAGAAAAACUUGGUGGAUGAAUUGUUAAAAAUUGCCGAUGAUGAUGAGACCGAAACCUACACGGAUGAUUUGAUUCGCGAGGAGAUUGAGGGCAUUAUUGUUGUUGGAAAUGAGACAACGGCGCUAACGGCAUCUUUUGUUAUCCUUAUGCUCGCGAUACAUUCAGAAGUACAGGAAGUCGUUCAUGCGGAAAUCGAUCAUUUGUGGACCGCUCCAAAUAUGACUUACUUGGAGCAAUUGAACGAAAUGCGAUACACAGAAAUGGUCAUCAAGGAAACGCUGAGACUUUACCCGCCGGGACCGUUGAUCGUGAGAAAAUGCACUGAAAAUGUUCCGUUGCAGUCAGGAACUGCUCCAAAAGGUGCCAACGUAAUCAUUAACAUAUUUGGACUGCAUCACGACUCGUAUAUUUGGGGUGACGACGUCGAAUCUUUUAAUCCAGAUCGCUUCAGUCCGUUGAACAUUAAAUAUCGGCAUCCUUACUGCUUCAUUCCAUUCAGUGGUGGCAAACGCGUGUGUCUUGGAUACAAAUACGCGAUGCUUUCGAUGAAAUCCAUGUUGUUUGAAUUACUAAGAAAUUAUCGAUUUAGCACGACACUGACAAUGCGUGAUUUGCGUCCCAACAUGAAUAUUACAUUGAAACUGGGAAACAAACAUAUGGUCAAAAUCGAUAAGCGAAGCUUCUCGGAAAAGUCACCGGCACUGUAAAACAACCUCAAUCAACCUGUUAUGAUGUGUGAAUGAGUAAAAGAUGACACAUUAUUGAGUUAAUUAAAUAAAAGUGCUGCUAAUUGCACGAAAAU